AUGGCCCAUGGCGCUCCUCCAUCGCCUGGUCCCCAGAUCGGAUCGGGCCUCCCUGGCGAUCACGUCGCCCCGCCAAACGUAGCGGCGGGUGAUCUGUUCUCGUGCGGCGCUCCUGCCACGGCUCAUGGUGGGCCGCCGCCGCCGUCGUCCUGGAUGGCGCCGCCUUCCGAUGCGCCUCCUGCCCCGCACCACUACGACGUGUCGUCCCAUCACUACGGCGCGACGCCCCACCAACCCUACCCGGCGCCACACCAACCCUACCCGGUGUCGUCGCCGUCGCCUCAUGGGGCUGCUGCUGCUAUGCAGCCCUACUCGGUGCCCCCGACGCACCUCUACCCUGUGGCGCCCCAAGCCUACCCGGCUCCAUCGCAGCCGCCCCAUGUGGCUGCGGCUGCCCUACAGUAUGGGGCGCCAGCUGUGGCGUCCUAUGGCGCCCCGACGGCUGGUUCUGUCGGGUUCUAUCCGUCCUACUCGGGACCGGCUGCACAUUAG